CAUAGGAACAGCAAUUCAAUCACAGAGAACAGGAAGUGAAAGGGAGAGAGGGAAAGCUGACAAACACACAUAGAUGGAUUAAAGUUUCGAUAAGUGCCGUGUUUUUCCAACAAAUCCAGACAUGUCAGAGAGCCUCCCCCCAUGACAAGUAGGAACACUCAGACCUGAUCUGAGGGAAGUGAAACUAACUCGGCCUGACAGCGGCCAGCAGCAGCACCAUCAGCCAGACAUGCGGGACUUUCUCCUGGGUAUCAUCAGCUGUGUUUGCAUGUUCCAGGCUGGUCUCAGUGAUGAGGACUGUGACCAGGCCAUUCUGGCCAGACGACAGGUCAUGCCUGUCCCAGCGGGGGGCGCUCUGUCCCUCACCUGCGUGGUCAGGCAUUGCGGACUCAACUGGACUGGAACCUGGCUGUGGAAAAACUCAACAGAUGAGCAGUUCAGUACUGUUAAAGACACUGAAAGGCAUCAUUUGAUCAAAGUGACGCUUUCUGCUCAUGAAGCCCAACUCACGUUAAAAAUCAUGGGAGUCAACCCAGCCGACGAAGGCUCCUACGGAUGCUUUGUUACGUGGGGCAAAGGCAACAGUGACACGGGGAAUUUGAUGUACGUGAACGUCACAGCAGCUGAGCUCUCUCGGAGGGAUUUCUUGCCCAGGAUUCUCAUCUGUGCUGGUGUUUUUCUGUGCCUGCCCAUCAUCCUGGGGUUGGCUUGUUUCCUGAGUUCAGAGGUCAAGCCUCAGCUGCUUCCCAGGGCAGAGUUCAUAUAUUCAGCUUUGUAUGGAGGUGAACUACACCUAGCUCCACGGCCUCCACCUCGACUCCCGGCACCACAGGAAAGAAGCUCUUCCUCUCACAAAGUGUCGAAAAAUGUUCCAGUUCCUCCCAGAAGCCACCAGAAGACCGAGGUCGUAUAUGCAGACAUUUCCCAGGAUGCACUGCAACACCAAGGUGCAAUGAAAGAGCCUGUCCAGUCUACUGUGUACUCAUUACUGAAAUUUCCCCUGAAAAGUGAGGAACCAUUUGCAGAACUUGUUUCUGUUUGAGACUCUCUGAUGUUCUUGACCUCCUGACACUGCCUGCAUUUUUAACUAAAGAACAUUGAUACGGAAUGUUUUUUUUUUUUUUUUUUGGCACUGCUUCUUCUCUUGAUUACACUCAACAUUGUGACUUUCAGUUAAGCAAAUCAGAAUCAAUUAUUCUUCAUUUUAGUCUUCACAACUCACACCAAGUUUGGGCAGAUUCAGUGAAGCUGUUGCACUUUCCAGUUGUAAUGUAAGUAAUCUGAGUGACGCUGCACUGAUACUUUGAUUCAUGAUUGUAUUAAAAAAGAUUCAGUUCUGCCUAAAUGUGUCCUUGACAAUGUCAUACCAGUCAAUGAAGAUUAAAAUAAUUAC